AUGGUUGGUUUGUUUGCAGAGUGCGACGAGUCCUUCGUGAGCCGCGGCGGCGCGGUGAGCGGCACGUUCCAGGCACCGGACCUUCCCAACCCGAACAACAUCAGCCGCCAGUGCCUGUACACGUUCAUCGCGGCACCGGGCCAACGGGUGCUCGUCGAGUUUCGCACGUUCAACCUUCGCGGGAAACCGCCCGAUGGAGCCGCAGUCGGGGAGCUACCAGCAUGCAUGCACGAGUACAUGGACAUCUACUCGGAGAUGACGUCGCUGGAGGCGAGCGAGUUGGUGAACUCCGCGUUCGGGGGACGGUACUGCGGCCCGAUCCCCCCGCGGAGGCGGGUGUCGCUGCACCGAGCCGUCGCCCUUGCCUUCUACACCGACAAACCAUACACGCCACCCACUCUCUUCACUGGCACCUAUCGCUUCAUCAAUUCAUCGGAAUUCGAAGUGGGGAGUCCGGUUCCGAACACGUUGUGCUCAUUCGUAAUCGAGGCAACCAAGCGCAAAACGGGCCUGCUAUUGUCGCCCACAUACCCCGGGAUCUACCCGAAGGAUAUCAGUUGCAACUAUCAAUUCAUUGGGCAACCGGGGCAGAGAAUCCGACUCGAGUUCCGCGACUUCGAUCUAUUUUUCGGCGGUCCUCAUUGCCCUUUCGACUGGGUGCGCGUGUACGACGGGCUCGACAACUCGUCGGCGGUGAUCGGCACGUACUGCGGGCAGCAGCGCAACCUCGUGCUGUACUCCAGCGACGAGCGCCUGCUCGUCACGUUCUACACGCUGCCGCGCGCCGCCAACACGCAGAACCGCGGCUUUAAAGGCAUCUUCGAGUUCUCCGAGAGUUUUGUUAAGUUAGAUUUUAUAAGCAAACACGACGCCGAGCACAUCAGAGGCUCCGAGUGCGACCAGAAAAUCCUUAGCAAAAAGGAAUCUACUGGAUUCGUGUACCAUCCAAACUAUCCAUUCCCCUAUAUACAAAAAGUUGUUUGUAGAUAUUUUAUAUAUGGUAUGCAAGACUCGCAAAAUUUGGAAAGAGUCCGACUCGAGUUUCAAAACUUUUCUAUACCAAAAGGAGAAAAUCCGAAACCAGAUACGUGCCCGGACGGGUACCUGAAGGUGUACCUGCGCGGGCAGGAGGCCACCGACUCGUACGACAAGCACGACGCGGAGCUGUGCGGCGAGGGCGCGGCCGGCCCGCCCGCCUUCCCGCCGCCGCUGCUGUCGGACGGGCCGCGCCUCGUCAUGGUCUUCAGCUCGGGCGAGCUGCAGGGCCGCGGCUUCAAGGCCAAGUACACCUUCGAGACUGAAUACCGAGUGCCGGGCACUGCGGCACCUGGCGGCGAAUGUGCGUUCACCUAUCGUUCGGAGGCAAAGAAACGCGGCGACUUCAACUCGCCGCGCUACCCCUCAAACUAUCCGUCGCGCACCAAUUGCACUUACACGCUGGUCGCCAACCCCAACGAGCAGGUCACCGUCGUGUUCGACCACUUCAAGGUCAAGGCGGACGCGUGGAACGCCACCGCCGGCUUGUACGGCGGCGCGACGUGCAGCGAGGACUGGGUGGAGGCGUGGUGGACGGGGCGCGAGGGCUCGCGCGUGCCGCUGGGCCGCUGGUGCGGGCUCGCCACGCCCGGCCCGCUGCAGUCGCCGCGCGGCGCGCUCGGCCUGCUGCUGGCGCUGCACACCGACUCCGAGGCCGUCGCCUCCGGCUUCAAGGCGCGAUACAUCUUCGAGCCCGCGAAGUCGAUCUUCGGCGACUGCGGCGGCAACAUGUCCGGCGCGGAGUACGGUGUGAUUGCGUCACCGCGGUUCCCGCGCGCGUACGAGGCGCCGGCGCGCGGGGACGCGGCGCGCGUCUGCAACUGGUUCGUCACCGCGCGCCCCGGCCGCCGCCUGCUCAUCAACUUUCAGACCUUCGCUGUUGAAGGCCAUCUCACCGAACGUGGGUGCCCGGCGGCAGUGCUGCGGUUGUGGUACGAGAGCCCGGGCCCACCGCUCGAGCUAUGCGGCGAGAAGGCGCCCACGGACCGCUGGCAGUACCUCUCCUCCUCCAACUCUAUACGUCUCUCGUUUAUAAUAGCGGACAAGUCGGUGGGCGCGGCGGGGUGGCGCGCUAUCUGGACUGAGGUGACCACGGACACUGAGGGCUGCGCCAACGCGUGCGCCGGCGCCUGCCUGCCGCCGUCCGCCGCCUGCUCCGGCCUGCAGCACUGCGCCGGCGCGCCCAUCAAGCGGCCCGCGCACUGUUAG